GGCGGCGGGGGGAGGCCGGAGGAGCGGGGCCAGAGCGCAGCUGGAUCCCCCCAGUCUGCGCCCCCCGCCCGGGGAGCUGCCCGUCCCUGAACCCCCCAACCCUGCCUGGCUUCACCUCUUGGGGGUGCCGAGCCAGACCCCCGCACUCCCCGCUUGGCCAAGGGCAGAUGGAGGCAGCGGCAGUAGCCAAUGGGAAGGCAGAGGGCAGCGGAGCGGCCAAUGGGAUGAGUGGUGCCAGCAGAGGCGCUGAGCCCCAGGGCGCGGGGCCAGAAGAGGACCAGAGAGAGAACCUGGAGGCACCCAGUCAGCCACCGGACGCCUGGGUGGCACCGGACGGCGCCUUCACCAAGCAGAUCCUGCAGCCGGGCGCGGGACUGGACAAGCCGACGCUGGGCGCCCUGUGCCAGGUCUUCCUGGAGGCGCCGCCGGGGGCGCCCCUGGGGUACCCAGCCAACCGCUGGGCCCAGCUGGAGUUGGGGGAGGGGGACGGCGCCUGGGACGGCCUGGUGGACGCUUGCCUGGAAACCAUGGGGCCGGGGGAGCGGGCCGAGCUGCGGGGCCCGGACGGGGCCGUCCUGGGGCUGCACCUGGCCUCCUUCGCCCCGGCCCCGGAGCCCUGGCAGCUGGACCCAGCGGAGAAGUGGGCACUGGCCCUGCGGCACAAGGAGCGCGGCUCGGAGCGCUACCGGGCUGGCGAGGUGGGGGCGGCCGCCCGGCGCUAUGCCCGGGCCCUGCAGCUGGCCAUCGCCGCCGGCCCGGCGCCCCUGGACCCAGAGCAUGCCCGCCUGCGGGCCGACCUGCAUGCCAACCUGGCCGCCUGCCAGCUGCGGCUCACCCAGCCAGCCCACGCCGCCCGCAACUGCACCAAGGCGCUGGCGCUGUGGCCCCAACACGCCAAGGCCCGGUACCGCCGCGGCCUGGCCCGCGCCGCCAUGAACGACCUGGAGGGGGCAGCCGAGGAUUUCCGGGGGGUGCUGGUGGCUGAGCCAGGGAACACGGCCGCCCGCAGGGAGCUGGACAGGGUGGGGCAGCGGGCGCGGGAGCGGGACGCCCGCCUGGCUCGGGCCAUGAGCAAGCUCUUCUCCUGAGCGCGGCAGGGACAGAGCCUGGACCCUGCAUGUGGGGUGGGGCAGGGGGCCCUUCCCCUCUAGGGGGCGCCGGCUCCCAUCCGGCCCCAGGGCGGGGACUGGCUGGCUUGGGGGGGGAAUGGGGCCCGGGGCCACAAUAAUUGUCAGUUUCGAUAAUAAAAUUAAUUUCUUAAAAUACAAAGAAAUCUUGUUGUUGAAACAAGAAAAUCACAAAGUUGGGAGCAGGUCAAAGGUUGUGGUCCGGCCGUUCCGAUUGGCUGCUGGUUGGACAGCGGGAUGUGCCGGGGUCAGGGGGCAGCACCCUGGGGUCAGAGGUCACUGGGAGUUGAGGCCUUUUCCUGCUUGCUCGCACCCAGGUCGAAGGCCUGAGGCCUCAGGUGCCAUUUUGGGUCAAAGGUCAUCAGUCCGGGCUAGUUGGCCAAUCCCUGGUGGGGUUGGGUCAAAGGGCAAGUGUGGACGGAACCAAAGAAAAGUGGCACGUGUAGGGUCAAAGGUCACAGGAAGUGGCCAGGUCCAUUGGUUGUGCUCUGGGUGGCCUGGGUCCAAGGGCAGGUGCUGAGGAGGGAGCCAAUCAGGCUGUCAGGUCAGAGGUCAUGGACACUGGCUGACACUCCAACUUCAGCUCCGUGGGAAGGUCACAGGCACCGUUACCGUGGCCGGGUCAGAGGGCAGAGGUCACGGAGGGAUGCUGGCAGGCAGCAGGGCUCCUCCUGCAGCCCCCAGCCGCUGCGCCGGUUAAUGGGGCCUGUCCCAGGGCAUGGGGGGCCCCACAUGGGCCAGGCGGCGGGAGGU